UUGUCGAUAUUUGGAUCGAUCCGCCCACCACUACCUUCGGCAACAAGAUGGCUGUCGUUCCAGAGAGCAGAGUCCUCACUUUCAGCGUUUUUAAAUGGAGCUCUUAUUCCUCUACAUAUUUACCCGAGAAUAUCUUGGUGGAUAAACCUAAUGAUCAGUCUUCCAGGUGGUCUUCUGAGAGCAACUACCCUCCACAGUUUUUAAUCUUGAAAUUGGAAAGGCCGGCAAUUGUCCAGAGCAUCACCUUCGGGAAGUAUGAGAAGACUCAUGUGUGCAACCUCAAGAAGUUCAAAGUAUUUGGUGGGAUGAGCGAAGAGAACAUGACAGAACUUUUGUCAAGUGGCCUUAAGAAUGACUACAACAAGGAAACCUUCACCUUAAAGCACAAGAUUGACGAGCAAAUGUUCCCCUGCAGAUUUGUCAAAAUAGUGCCUCUGAUGUCUUGGGGUCCGAGUUUUAACUUCAGCAUCUGGUACAUUGAGCUGCAUGGUAUUGAAGACCCUGAUGUGGUGCAGCCCUGCCUUAACUGGUACAGCAAGUACAGAGAACAGGAAGCCAUACGCCUUUGCCUCAAGCACUUCCGGCAGCAUAACUAUACAGAGGCCUUCGAGUCCCUGCAGAAGAAGACUCGGAUAGCGUUGGAACACCCCAUGCUGACCCACCUCCACGACCGACUAGUGCUGCAAGGAGACUUUGACGCCUGUGAGGAGCUCAUAGACAAAGCUGUGGGAGACGGUUUGUUUAACCAGUAUAUCAGCCAGCAGGAGUACAAGCCCAGAUGGAGUCAGAUCAUCCCGAAAUGCAACAAAGGUACAAGCGCCCAAGAAAUCAACCGAGACGACAUGAACAGUGACGGUGACGACAACAGGCCAGGGAUGAGGGGAGGACAUCAAAUGGUCAUUGACGUCCAAACCGAAACGGUGUACCUGUUUGGAGGCUGGGACGGAACACAGGACCUGGCAGACUUCUGGGCGUACAGUGUUCAGGAGAACCAGUGGGCCUGCAUCUCCAGAGACACUGAGAAAGAGAGUGGUCCAAGCGCUCGCUCGUGCCACAAGAUGUGCAUCGACUCGCAACGACGCCAGAUUUACACGCUCGGCCGUUACCUGGACUCCAGCGUCAGGAACAGCAAGUCUCUAAAAAGCGACUUCUACCGAUACGACAUCAACGCCAACACCUGGACACUACUCAGUGAGGACACUUCAGCGGACGGUGGGCCGAAGUUGGUGUUCGACCACCAGAUGUGCAUGGACUCGGAGAAACACAUGAUCUACACAUUCGGUGGCCGCAUCCUGACGUGUAAUGGCAGCGUGGAGGACAGCCGGACGUCAGAGCCGCAGUUCAGUGGCCUGUACGCCUACCACUGCCAGGCUGGAACGUGGAGCCUCCUGCGGGAGGAUUCGUGUAACGCCGGCCCAGAGGACGUCCAGUCUCGCAUCGGCCACUGCAUGCUCUUCCACACUAGGAACCGCUGUCUGUACGUGUUCGGGGGUCAGAGGUCGAAGACGUACCUGAAUGAUUUCUUCAGCUAUGAUGUGGACGGAGACCAUGUUGAGAUCAUAUCUGACGGCACCAAGAAGGACUCUGGGAUGGUGCCGAUGACGGGAUUCACCCAGAGAGCCACCAUCGACCCCGAGCUCAACGAGAUCCACGUCCUGUCGGGCCUCAGCAAAGACAAGGACAAGCGCGAGGAGAACGUGCGCAACUCUUUUUGGAUCUACGACAUCGCUCGCAAUAACUGGUCAUGCGUGUACAAGAACGAUCAGGCAGUGAAAGAAAACCCGAGCAAGGCUCUGCAGGAGGAAGAGCCGUGUCCUCGCUUUGCACACCAGCUGGUCUACGAUGAGAUGCACAAAGUGCAUUACCUAUUUGGUGGAAACCCCGGGAAGUCUUGUUCUCCUAAAAUGCGCCUGGACGACUUCUGGUCCCUCAAACUGUGUCGGCCCUCCAAGGAGUACCUCCUCCGCCACUGCAGAUAUCUCAUCAGGAAGUACAGGUUUGAAGAGAAGGCCCAGUCAGAGCCACUGAGUGCACUGAAGUACCUGCAGAACGACCUGUCGCUCACUGUGGACCACACAGACCCUGAUGAGACCAAAGAGUUCCAGCUCCUGCCCUCGGCGCUCUUCAAGUCUGGCUCUGACUUCAUCCCUCUGGGUUUCUCAGAUGUAGACCAGACGUACGCUCAGCGGACACAACUCUUUGACACGCUCGUCAACUUCUUCCCAGACAGCAUGACCCCGCCCAAGGGCAACCUGGUAGACCUCAUAACCCUCUAGCGCCUCCCUCCUCUUGCAUCUCACCCACUGGACUGACUGAUCACUCACUCACGCGCACAAGGAGAGGAGACGGAGACCUGCUAUUUUUCUAUACCUGAACCCCCUCUGGUGGGAUUACACUUCAAGCCGCUCCUCUCACAGGCCGCGUUACCACGACGACGAGGGUCGUAAAAACACACAGGCAACAACACUAUGCUAGAAGGACAUGAGAAAAAUUCCACAACAGCCUGGGGCGUUUGCGUGUGUUUGUAGUUGUUUUCUCUUCUUGAUGAAGAUUCCUCAUAGCACUCGAAGCCCCUCUAAGCAUCACUUACGUUUUUCAUCUUCUCGGAAAGGUUUACACCAAAAAAAAGAAAAAAAAAAAAAAGAGGAUUUGCACAUCUAUUUGCCAUCUUUUCUCAGCGACCCUCCUUUUAUUUUAAGCACUGGAUUACCCCCCAUACACACACACACACACACACACACACACACACACACACACACACACACAAUCAACCACAAGUGUCCAUCCACAUGCUUGGAGCAGAUGGUGAGAUGACGUCUGCUGAGUCCAGCUGUUGUAAAAGUUCAGGUCAAAUUAAUUUAUUCGUUUGAAGAUGGGCAGAGUCUCCUGUUUGCAUCCCCUCUGUUCUUUUAGCACAUUUUCGGCACCUCUUCAGCAGAAGUUUAGGAGGUCCCUGGCUUGAUUAUUUAGUUUGCUUGCUUUUCUAUCAACAUGCCCCUAUUUAUGAUCAUGACGGCUGCACAGUUGAAAAAAUUGUCAACAAUUUUAAUAGUGUCGUAGGAACAGUAGAGGAAUGAUUCUAUGAGAUAAAGAUUAAUAUAUCUAAAUAUGCAUUUAUAUUGGUUUUGGUUGUUAUCCCUGUAAACCGGACUGAUACAAGGUGAAGUUAAUGUUUUUCCUCAGUACUUAUUGGACUAUAAUUUAAUUGUGGGUGGUUAAAUGGUGUACAGAAUAUGUAAAUAUACAUAGGGGAUUUUUUUUUCUCCAAAGUUUCCUGAAUAGAACGUUCUCUCUGCGGGGAUCAUGUUCUUUAUUGUCCCUCUUUAUUAAAAGAAGUCAGGGUGCACAUACAGUAGCUUUCUGGCUCUACGUUUACCACUCAUCAGUACUUAUCAAGAAGAAUUUAACACGAUUGGGGUGGGCGUGUGAAUGAAGUGCUGGUGGCCGUCAUCCAGCAGAGUGGGAAAAUUGUGUUUGUGCUGGUGCGUUGACAAGACGUUCCUUGAGAGUGGGGGGUGUUAUCUUUCGUUUUCCUAAAAUCCCAGAGCAGAUAAAGAGCUUUUUUCCCUCCAAGUUCAUCGUGUACUGUCACGGAACCAACUCACUAACUUGCACUUAUACUUGGGGAACUUCAUACAAGAAAUUUAAGCUGAUUCAGAGUUUUACUUGAGCUUUGCUUUUCUCUUUAAAAUAUCACAUAGAAACAGAGCUGCAAUUUUGAUCUGCUGAAAUGUUUUUCUUUUUGAAUAAUAUAUCAGUUGUUUGAGCUAUAAAAUGUUAGAAAAUGAGGGGAAAAAAUUAUACCUACACUGAUCAGACGUAAUAAAAAUAUAUUGUCCCAAGUGCAUCAAA